AUGUCGGCAGGCGGCACGGAUACGGUGGUGGUGACGGGCCUGGGGGUGGUAUCGGGGGUGGGGACCGGCGUGGACGCGUUUUGGGAGGGUCUGCUCAAGGGCGAGAGCUCGAUUAACAGGGUCGAAGGCUUCGAUCCUGAGCGGUUCAAGUGUCAGAUCGGGUCCGAGGUGAAGGACUUCGACGCGUCCAAGUACUUCUCCGCGAGGAAGAGCAUGCGGAACAACGACAGGGUCACGCACUUCGCGGUGGCGGCGACGAAGCUCGCCAUCGAGGACGCCGGCGUCGACGUCGCCGCUAGCGGAGAGCGGUGCGGGGUAAUGGUGGGCUCUGCGUUCGGUGGCAUGGACACGUUCGAGAAGCAGACGCUCAACCUAGAGAACAAGGGCAAGGUGUCACCUUUCACGAUCCCGGCCCUCCUGGGCAACACGGCCGCGGGGGUGAUCGCGAUCGAGACGGGGGCCAAGGGGCCGAACUUCGGCAUCGUCAGCGCCUGCGCGUCGGCGACGCACUGCCUCGGAGAAGCGAUGCAGGCCAUCCGGGAGGGAGAGGCGGACGUGAUGAUCGCCGGCGGUGCUGAGGCGGCCAUGACUCCCCUGAGUUUCGCGGGGUUCUGCUCCAUGAGCGCGAUGGCCACGGGCCACAAUGACAAUCCUAAGGCCGCCAGCCGACCGUUCGACGCGGACAGAAGCGGUUUCGUCAUGGCCGAGGGCGGCGGUGUCCUCAUCCUCGAGUCGCUCGAGCACGCCAAGGCGAGGGGGGCCCGCAUCUACUGCGAGUUGGCGGGAUACGGGGCAUCGGGGGACGCGCACCACAUCACCUCGCCGGAGCCGACGGGGAGUGGGCUGAGCAACGCGCUAGAUAGAGCACUAAGGUCAGCGGGCAUGGCCAAGGAAGACGUGACGUACAUCAACGCGCACGGGACUAGCACCAACUACAACGACAAGGGCGAGCUACCGCCGACGAUAAACUACGAAACGCCGGACCCCGAGUGCGAUCUCCGCAUCUUCAAGGAGAAGGUUAAGGUGGACAGAGUCAAGGGGGCCCUCAGUUCGAACCUGCGUCUCUUGUUUGUGCGAUUAGGGGGGUGA